UAGUACUGCGGCUGAAGCGACGGCGCAGCCAAUAGGAGGGGAGCGUCUCUUCUCACAUGCAAUACUGUAUUCAUUUAGAGCGGCUGUCUUUACGAUUAACACUUCUUAAUGGGUUUUGUUUUCUAGGUGUCCUUGAUCACAUUUUAAGUAAAUAAAUACGUUGGGGGAAAAAAAGGUGUGGGGAAAUGAAAAAAAUGAAUUCCAUGGCUCUCGUGUUACUGGUUGUCUACGGAGUGAUGUGCGGUCAGAUCCUUCCAGCGUUUUCCAGCAUCCGACUGAAUAACAGACCCAUCAUAGGUAUUCUGGCGCAAGAAAACCGACUUCGUGACCCGCAACCGCAAGGAACGUCCUAUAUUGCAGCCUCUUAUGUGAAGUACUUGGAGGCAGCUGGAGCCAGAGUGGUGCCCAUCAGAAUAAAUCUUACUGAUGCAGAGUAUGAAAAGCUCUUCUAUUCUAUAAAUGGACUCUUACUACCAGGAGGUGAGGUGGAUCUUGAAACGUCCCAGUAUGCCAGGAUAGCCAAGAUAUUCUACAACUUGGCAGUGAAGGCUAAUGAUGAUUCUGAUUACUUUCCUAUUUGGGGCAUCUGUCUAGGAUUUGAACAAUUAACUGUACUCACCAGUGGCAAAAAUGUUCUGACCAAAACGAAAACGCAAGGUGUGGGGAUGCCACUGUCUUUCACCUCAGAUGCCAUGGAAAGCCGGCUGUUUGGAUUUUUUCCUGAGGAUCUCAUGCAGGCCUUGGCCACAGAAGAUAUUACAGCCAACUAUCAUGAGUGGAGUCUGUCUGUACAGAACUAUACAGCUAAUGCAAAACUGAUGAAUUUCUAUAAGAUUUUGUCCACUAAUACAGAUGGAGAGAUAGAGUUUAUCUCCACAAUGGAGGCCUUCAAAUAUCCCUUUUAUGGGAUGCAGUGGCAUCCGGAGAAGAAUGCUUUUGAGUGGGUGGACAAGUCUGGAAUGUCUCACUCCCCUUCUGCUCUAAAGGCAGCUUUUUACACUGCUGACUUCUUUGUUAAUGAAGCAAAGAAGAAUUUCCACUACUUUGAAGAUGAAGAAGAUGAGUCGAAAGCCUUGAUUUAUAACUACUGUCCGGUAUUCAAAGGGCAAGAUUCCAUAUUUAUACAGAAUUAUUACUUUGAUUAAUAAUCUGCAUUUUGCCUUUCAAAUUUUGCUCUGGGGCUGGGGCACCCUAUGAAUGGCGUGUUUCUUUUUAUUUCUCUCCCUUUUUCCACUUUUCAGUGGCCAAUUCCUGCUUUUUAACGAUUUUCCUUGAUCCUUUGAUUUCCUGUUCCUGUGUUUUCUUCAGAAAGAUACAACUGUUUUCUUUUAUACAAACAUUUUAGCAACGCAGUGUAAUUUUACACAUACUUUUUUCUUUUGUAUAAGGUUCACUUUUAUAGUUUUAAAUGUAUAUUGUAUAUAUGUGAGAAUUAAUUUACAAUUGCCUGGUUUCUGUUAUGACAGAAGAUGCCUUUCAGCAUUUCUUAGAAGAGACGUACUUGGGUGUAUUUACCCACAAUGCAACACUCAGCAAACUGAGAUCUCUGUCGUAAACAAGGAAAAUCAAAUUAAUGCAGGAAUCGGUUUGCCUUAAGUUAAUCUCCAUAGAAGUAAGCAGUCUAUUUAUUUCCCAAGGCUAAUGCAGUGUGCCUCUGCUUCAGGAUAUUAAUCCGCAUUUGUGACAUCCACUACUAACGUGCGCAUUUCAGGUCCUGCUUUCGUAAUAUUCGCUGCGUCUAUGGGAAGCCUGUGGAUUUGCUUCAAACGUGAAUAGCUAUAGGGCUGCACAGUUUAUUUUAGCUUGCUAAAGCACCGUAUUCAAUGUCAUGUUUGUAAACGUGAGUAUUUUAUUUUCUAUGAAAAUUGUAAAAAGCAGAGGUAGAUAAUGCAUCUUUAGUAUGAAUUAGUAUGUAAUGAAAAUGAAGACUGUAGACAUUGAAGUAACAGUGUCAGAUGCAUUAAUUAAUGUCAGUGGAGCCAACUUCAGCUGAUGCCUUUUAAAUGACCCAAAAACUGACUCACCACACACAAAAUCCUGGUAAAGGACCCGUUCAGUUCCUGCUCAUUUUAGGAGUUUGUUGGCUGUAGUCUCGUCUUCAAAAAGUGAAAUGCAUGCUUGGUCGGAUUUAGGUAGGGUGAUAGACUCCAUGUUUUGGUCUCGAAGAACCCUUUGGUUGCUUUGGGUCUUCAUCCUGCUGCAGUGUCAACACCGUCCAUUGAGCUUUGACAAAUUCUGUUGAAUCUGAGCAGACGUGUGUGUGUCAUCCUUUUGGUCUCAUCAGUGAAGUACAAGGGAGCGGGUCGUAGUGGCCGACGUAGUAUACAUGCCCGAUCCAGAACACUACAGGAGCUCCGCCAUGUUUUACAGAGGAGAUGUAAUUCUUGGAAGUCUUUUUCAAAUGCUCGGAGAAUCACUAUAUCCAUGAAAUGUAGCAUUAUUAUAGCUCUCUCUCAGACUCCAUCUACCACAAGUAUAUUUUCCAUCUCAUUUCUCUAGAAGACAUUGUUCUGAAACUAUAUAGGAUUUUUGACAUACUCCCUAAAAUGUUAUCUGGCAUUUCUGUUCUUAAGGCUUAUGGUGAACCCUCAAACUUUAUGUUCAUGUCACAUUGGACACAGCCACACGUUAUUCCUGGCGAGUGUGUCUGAUGUGGCUGAUGGCUAAGAGAGUUUAUCUUUACAAAUCAUAGUAUUCUUCUAUAAUCCACUGAAGUAGUCUUCCCUUAGUCUACCAGGGCUGACGUUUUUGCGAUAUCAUGGAUGUUUCCCUGAUUUUUCAGCCUCACAAUUGCCUGUGUUACUAGCAUUAAGAUUUGUUUGGUCCUCCUCUGGAGUAGCAACAACAAAUUCCAAAUGAGGAUACCAUAACCACACUUAGCGUCACUUUGUGAGCCUUUUAUUAGAUUAACUGUGCUGGACUGGACGAUGCAGUAACACACAUCUGGCCAAGGAGCUAAGCAACAAAUACUUCAGUUAACUUUUAAAAUUGGAGGACUACACGCUGUUUAAGGAUCUGUGCAAGUUCUUUAUUAUUCACCCAUUUAUUUAGGUAAAUAUUCCUUGAUUUAAUGCUGAAAGUCUACACUAGAAGGUCAUAUCUUUGUUU